AUGCUGCGUGGAGAUUGGUUUAUUUUGGAGGUGUGCGUGGUGACGUGUCGCGAGCGCCUUCGAUCAAAGUUUUCCGGUCUGCGAACAUUGAUCGACAAAAUGGCUGCUGUGAACUCCUCAAGAGAUAUUCUGUGUUUAUUUGAUGUAGAUGGCACGGUUACUCCAGCCAGAUUGGUACGUUUUAGCGAUCGUUCAUUAUUGUUUUUAAAAAAGGGUGUAAAUUGUGACGUUAUAUUUUAAACGGCUUCCCGUCGACGUACACAAAGUCUGACAGAAAGCGCGAUCCCAGCAUCUUUCUCGGUUUCAUAUUUUGUUCAGGUAGUCACCCCAGAAAUGAAGGAAUUUAUGAAGAAACUUCGCGAGAAGGUCGUAGUCGCCUUGGUUGGAGGAUCCGACUUUCCAAAACUCGAAGAACAAAUGGGAGGGGACAAUGGUAAGAUUUCCCUUAAAAUUUAUUUUAUUGCCCUUGAAAUCCUUGCAGUACAUGUACCAUAUUGGCGUGGUAUUUUAAAAAUGAAACGCAUUGUUUUCUAUUUUCCAGUCACUACUUUGUAUGAUUAUGUUUUCCCUGAAAAUGGGCUGGUAGCCUACAAGAAUGGAGAACUGUUUCAUAGGCAGGUUAGUGGAAUAAUAAUAUUUAUUCUAGUUUCACCUUAUAAAUGAAGUGAACAUAAUUCUUCUUCUGUCAGGUUAUUUUAUGAUCAGCUUAUGAUUACCUGAGGCCUUCAGUAACCUCCUGAGCUGGUUCUUUAACCAGGCUUGUGAGCUUGGUAGGUUUUCUUCUACGAAGGUGUUAUUAUACUUAAAUUUGAAGCUUGUGGGUUUUUUUGAAUGAAAAUUAUCCAGGGAUCAAUUAUUAUUAUUAUUAUGACCUUUUGAGCAAAAGGAGAGCCCAUUUUCAAGUUACCCUAAAGGUGGAUUUCAUUUGUCACAUAAUUUUCACAUCCGUACACAGAUAAACUUAACACGCGUAAAUAAGAUCAUAGAGACAUUGCAUGGAAAAAUAUGUGUAAAUGGAAGAGUUGAACGUCGCUCAACUUUUAUGUGUUUAUGUAGGACCUUUCAUACAUUGCCUCUUAUUCUAUUUACACACAUACCCGAAAGCACACAAAAAAAGUAUGUGACAGUUGAAAUCCACCUUAACAACCCAGUCAAUUUUUUUGAAUAGGUUCAGAGUUCAAGGUUCAAGUUUAUUUCAUGCUAUUCAAGUUGAUACAGUAUAAGAUGGCUGACAGAAUCAGUAGGUUAACAAAUGAUGAAAAAUAAAUAUAAUAUACAUGUUUGUUGAUAUGUGCACAGUGACCAAAGUAGCCGAAGCUUUCGUGUUGGUCAUGAUAACCAGUUAGAGUAGUGUGGCAAAGCAAAGGCCUUAAUUUGUGUGUUGUUUAUUCAUUCAACCUACAUGUAAGUGCUGAUUAGGCAGCAAAUAUACAUGUAUUUCACUGAAAGCGGAAAAACUACUGGCUUUCAGCUUGUUUUGAACAGGCUGCCCUAAAUUUCUAUUUAAAGAAAGUCCUGAUGCACAACCAUUCUCACAGGUUAUAAUAACAAACACCAGAAUUUGCUUUGAAAAGGAGGCUUGAAGUCAUUCAGAAAUGGACUAUUAGACGUCAUUGAUUGAUGUUAUUCUUUUUGUAUUUUUUCAUGUAGUAAUGAUGUGUUUAAGAAGUGUUAUUUUUAUUUUUUUUUAUGUUAGGAUAUCAAGACAUUUAUGGGUGAAGAAAAGCUCAAAACAUUCAUCAAUUUCUGCUUAAAGUACAUUGCAGAAUUAGAUAUUCCUGUAAAAAGGUAAGAGUCAACAAAUGCAUAAAAUUUUAAAAGCAAGUGUAUUCAAGUUAGUAUUCAUAGCAGUCUCAGCUAUCAUAACUAUGACUCUUGAGACUUUCAAUGCCAAAAUGUACUUCCCAAUACAAUAGUGUGUUCUGGGCAGAAUUUGAAAUGAGCAGAGCAAUCAACUGAUAGCGCUAGAAUAACUUUGGGUAUACACUGUAUUCACUCAAGAGAUGAGAAGCCUUAAGAACCAUGUUUUGGAUGCCCAACAGAUUAUACAAAAUGGUGGUUAUAAAGCGGUGGGUUUCCACUGUCAUAAAAACUACCUACAUAAAUAAAAUAGAGGCAAUGUAUAGAAGGUCAGGCAUUUACUCAACUUUUAAACUAAAAUAAAUGUUUACCCAGAGCUGUUAUUAACAAGCAGGGGCUGAGGAUUUUCCUCCAGCUUGGACAUAGCCCCUGGCCACUUUGAUAGGAAAAUAGAAGAAAAAUAGAACCAAAAGAAACCCCCAGCUGUUUGAUUCCUUUCGCCUACUUGUCGUAUUUACCCUGCAACUUGAAAUCUUAGUGACAACCCUUUUUACCCGUAAGAGUGCUCAAGUACCCAUGAUACAUGUAAGCAUUUCAUUUAAUUUGACAUAUUCACUGUACAUGUACCUAUUCCUGAAGAGGCAAUAAUGGUCUAUUUUAUUAUAGUCAACAAAAUGCUUUUGACAUAAUUUUAUACAUCCCAGGAAUUAAGUUUGUACACACUUACUUGUACCAGGUAACUAUUAAGCAGUCAUGGAGAAGAUCUGUGGGGGUGGGACUGGGUAGGGGAGUGAUUACAUUGUACAUGUACACAUUUCUUUUCUCAUCUACAAUAAUAGAUGGUUUUCACAGUGACAUCAUCAAAUUGUAAAGUCAAAAUAGUGAGGUUUUACGAAUUCUUUUUUACACUAGGUUGAAGAUAAAUAAAAGGAAAACUUUAUACAAGUUUCCAUUCCAGUAGCAUGUUUCAUUUUGAAAAUACAGCAAUUUGAACUUCCGAGUUUUCGCAGUGUGUGACACCUAAAUAGGAAUGCUGUCUCAUUGAAAAGUCUCUCUUCUUGAUUUUCAGCCGUAUAACCAUUUCAAGUCUUAGAAGAUAUGUUUAUGCACACAUAUGCUAGUUCUCCAGGGAAAAGAAAGAGCUUCUAUAGAGAAAGUGAACUCCAGAUGGUUUUUUUUAUUUCUCGGGGCCAUAUUGGUGCACCAAAACGGUACAUCAUUAUGGCAUAACUCAGAAACUUUGGGCCACGAAGACCUGAGACUUGGACAAAUUGUUUAUAUAUGUGUUUUAUAACAUUUCAUUUUCUUGGCUUCUUCCACUGGACAGUUUCCAAUUUACUUUUUUGUUGCAUGAUGGUGAGAAACGAUUUAUACAAUAACAUUAUUGUUAACUGUCCAAAUACCACAUUUUAUGGCUUUUAUUUUCUUGCAGAGGAACAUUCAUAGAGUUUCGAAAUGGAAUGAUAAAUGUUUCACCAAUAGGAAGAAAUUGUUCACAGGAAGAAAGAAUAGCAUUCUUUGAGUAUGACAAAGUAAGUGGAUCUUAACAUUUUUCACAUCUAAGCAUCUCUCCCUAACCGACAGACCAAACUGUUUUGUGAUAGAAAGGACAAUAGCUGCUCCCAUGUUUUUAGCUAUAUUUGGGACCAAAAUGUACGUAUAGAAAACUUCUCAGUUGGUCUUUAAUUGUUAUUUUUCACAGGUUCACAAAGUUAGGGAUAAAUUUGUGUCUGUUUUGAGAGAAGAGUUUGCAGAUUAUGGACUACAGCUCAGUAUAGGAGGUCAGAUAAGUUUUGAUGUCUUCCCAAAAGGCUGGGACAAGACUUAUUGCCUGAAGCAUGUGGAAAAUGAUGGUUACAAGGAAAUUCAUUUCUUUGGGGAUAAGUGCUAUCAGGUGCAGUACUCUCUUGCUGUGUAUAACAAACAAUUAACAAUUAUUGGACGAGGUUGAGCAAAAUAUUGUGAUUUGUCUAUGGUGAGCAGUUCGGCUUCGGCAAAUAAUUGAUCUGCAAGACACUAUCAAAUCAUGAUAUUUUGCGAUAACCAAGUUCAAUAAUAAUAUUGUGUUAUCAUUCGAUCACCGAGUUAGUUUUUUUAAUGAAUAUCCUUGGGAAGCAAAGCGAUAUGCCAUUUUCACGCAAGAGCGAUUGCAAGAAGGAGAAGAGCACGGUUUCCUUUACGCAUGAGCAGACCAUUAUUUGUAGGCAGUUAUUUGCAGGUCACUUGGUGGGCUUUCGGCCAAUGAAAAGAAAGAAAAUUUUCUUCAAAUGAUACCGGUAAUAAUUAUUAUUUGCAUUUAUCACAUGGUCAGUUCUUUGAAACCUUAGAAUGACAUUAACAGUCUGCCAGGCAAGGUAAAAUUAACUUUAAGCCAUGAGAUCAAUAUUAGUGGCCAGAGCAGGACUUGAAGCUGGACCCCCAAGGUUGCAAUCCAAUGCACGGGUCUUGGCCAGUCUGCCCUCUUGACUGUUGGGAAGCAGCAUGGUGGAGUGAUUUGGAUGUGCAAUCCGACAUUCCCAGAUUCGAGUCCUGCUUUGGCACUGGAUAUGUUUUUGGUUGCCUCGCAUUGCUUCCUGCCAGUUGAGCUGGUUAAUUCUGUUACGUUCUAUUUGAAUAUGUUUGUUUCUAAUAAAGUGGAUUUCCUGUAAACUGCUGGAUAAGCCUCUGUAAGUGCACUUUUCACUGUUGCAGUCAAACAGGGAAAACCAUGAAAACCAGAAAUAUUUCUGGAAUGUUAUUGUGUUGCAAGAAAAAAGCCAAUCAGACAUGAAAAAACUAAACUGCAAGCAAGAACGUUGAUUAGUUUGCGGUUUUGUGGCUAGUUUGCAUGUUCUCAUCUUUGCUGUGGUUGGUCAUAACACAAUAAACAUUCCUGAAAUAUUUAACAGACGACUCAUUGCUGGUAUCAAUCCAAGAUAAUAAGAAUCAAUCCUAAAAUUCCAGCAUUAUUGUUGCUGUAUACAAAACCUGUGCUAUUAUCUCUUACAUUAUAAUAAUAAUAGCUACAGUCUUGUUUAAAUAUUAAUAAUAAUAGUAAGAAAAAAUAUUUAAGUAAUACUGUAUAUUUUUGACUUUGUAUGUGUAUUUUUUAACCAUUUUCAUAUUCACUUUCAGGGUGGUAAUGACUAUGAAAUUUUCAUGGAUGAGCGAACAAAGGGACACAAAGUUACUUGUCCAGAAGACACCAUGAACCAACUGAAAGAACUGUUCUCUAUCAGCUAGAGACUGCGGAGUUGAACAUAGUAUUGCAUAAAUAUAUUACUUAAUCAGGGGAAUAUUUUUUGGUGGACUAAAUCAGCCAUGCUUGAUUUUAAUUUUGAAAUUUUGUAGUUUGAUUGUUGAUCAGGGAGCAAGAGGGAGAACAAUUGUUGAUGAUAAGGGUUAAUUAAGUUUUUAUUUGUACAUGUAGAUGUUAAUUGGGACUGUAAAAUUAAUAAAAGGGAAUGUUGAUAUAACAAACACCCCCGCCCCCUCCUCCUUAGCCGUGAUAGGGAAUAUUGCAGCAUAAUGUCAUAUUUUUCGCCAUACUGAUAGGUACAUUGAAUUGAAUGGGAUAAGCCCCUAAGGGCCAGCUAUUAAAACAGAGUUUAAGCAGUGUGAACAAGACAGAGUUCUGAGUCCUUUCAAAAUGUAAACUUGGCCAAACCUCACAUCUAUACAUUGUUUGCUGUAAACAUUUCCAACAAUGCUUGCAGCCAAGACUAGAAUACAAAUGUACUGUUUAUCUUCUUAAAACAUACACCUUACAAACAGAUUUUGAGGCUUGCUGAGUGUCUUAAACUGUGGUCUAAGGUGGAGUUUGUUUCAUUGACUAGCCCUUAGGUAACAUAUCUUGCUAAUCCCCUUUUUACUUCACUAUUAUAUUAGCGUUGCGGUGUAGAAGCAUAUAAAGGCAUUGUCAAUGUCAAAAGUAUCCCAAAGAAAGGGAGCGUCAAGUGCUUAUUUAUAUAAAUUUAUAAUAUCGUUUUACAUA